AUGCAGACUAAAAGAACACAAAUCAUAACACUACAACAAAACUACCUUGCCCAAGCAUCCGCAGAUUAUGUGCGUGGCGAAUAUUUAAUAAAAUCUAUCAUUCAACAAAUCAAAGAUCUUCGUACUGAACAAUCAUUUCAACAAGUUUAUGAUAAAGCAAAAGACUUUUGUAACAAAAACGAAAUUGAAUUCGUUCAUCAAUAUCGAUCACAUCGAACAACAAAAGUUCCAGCGAGAUUUGAAGAAUUUAUUAUAGAUUCAACUGUUUGUCAAGGUGAAGUUUUAUCAACACCAACAGAUUUUAUGAAAUGCAUUUUUUUCCUUUGA